AUGUCGCCUACUCUGCCCCCGGAGCUGUAUGACCUCGUCAUCGACCAGGUUGAUCCUCUCGACACUCUCACCUCCUGUGCCCUUGUUUGCCGGCAAUGGUGUGGCAGGGCCCAAUUCCGCCUGUUCUCCUCCAUCAGUAUCCCCGUCCCAACCGGGAAGGAUAACACGCAAAAGGAUCCCAGCGACAAUUUGCGCUCCGUGCUCUCCACACACCCAGCCCUCUCACUACCAACUUCGACCCUUGCUCUCAGCCUCGAAUCCGACGACCGUUCAACCUAUGAUAAAGAUAUUGUAGAGGACUGGACAGUCCGAUUCCCCAACCUUCGGCAGAUCAUAUUCGUCGCAUCUUCCACAAUGCCCUCCUUGCUUCCCCUCCCGCUUCUCGUAUCAACCCUUCGGCGUUUGCCUCGGCUAUCUUUCAACACCCUGACCCUCCGCGGCGUGGACGUGACAUCAACCUGCGGUGCUGCCAGAGCCGUCAACGUCCCUCAAAACGUGGAGGAUUGUCAGCUCCCCUGUAUCCUCCAUCUCGCCGCGGAUUUUCACCACACAAGUUACCUCAGAGGCACCCCGAGUGUAGGACGCAUGAAUGCCUGCGCGCUUCUCGACGAACUCAUCCGACACCGCCUCCUCUCGCGCGAGUCCUUGAUCACGUUGGACUUGCCUCAGUACUGGACCCUCUCUACGAUAAAGUGGGAUGCAUUCGACGGGAACUUCCCGAGCCUGCAGCACUUCAGCGUGCUGCUCAGCCACUCGCAAUCCCUCGACUCCCUCCAUGACGACGAUGGAACGCACGAGAACACGCGCCGCCUCUUGGACGCGCUCACGGGCUGCCCGAACUUGCGCUCCCUCCACAUCAUCUACGGCGAGCCCGAGCGCCGCCGCGAUUGGCACACCGUGCGCGACAGCGCGCUCGCGUCGCCCGCGCUCGUCGACAUCCUCACCGCGCACUUCGCGCGCGCCCGCGCGCCGCACCCGCGCCUCGAAGAGCUCCGGCUCACGCUCGCGUACGACGGCGAGGACGUCGAGGACGUUUGGGGGCACGCGCGCACGCUCCCGCGCCUCGCGGCGACGCUCGCGGACGGCGCGCGGUACCCCGCGUUCCGCCGUGUGCGCGUGCGGAGCCUGGUCCCCGCCUCGUUGGAGUACCGGGCUUUUGCACGCGCGUUGGAAACGCCGCGAGAAGCGUGCGCGCGCCUCUUCGAGGUGUUCGCGGAGCACGGAGUGGAGGUGGAGGUGGAGGCAGGGUACAUGUGGGGCGACGACGGAAUCCCCGACGAAGUCUACGAGGACAUGUGUGAUAUCUGGUAUUAG